CCUUAGCGGUUGUUAUGGCGAAGGAGCUACGGGGGAAGAUGGCCGGGAGGGAAAAGAAUUAGAACAUGGGGACCAGGCAACCGAGUCCCACCUCGUGCCCGAACCAAGGGCACGGGCUGCGAGCUUCGCGGCCUUGCCGUCGCAGCACAACAGCUAGCCGGCCCAACACCGACCAUACGUUAAACGUUGUUAUAACUGUAAAAGAGCACGGACGUGGUGGCCUUAAAGAGACAGACCCGAUUUGGAUACUUCAAAAUAGGACCAUCCACCUGUUUUAUGUGGUUGCGGAUUAUGGAAUCAAGAAUAAUGACAUCUCAAAUCCCAAAGCAGGAGGUCCCAGUCUGUUAGUCGGAGGUGCCUGUGGGCUGCAUGGCGACAGGGCAGAGCCCACUGGAGGCUGGGGCCUCCGGAGGCUCUGGCCUGGCCAAGCCUCUGUUCCUGCAGCGCUUGGAGCGGUCCCUAAGACUAGACAGCUUCCUGCGUCAGACGGCCACCAUCUACAACAAAGACAUCACUAGUGAUGAAAGCGAUGACAGUGAGGGAUCAUUGGGGGAGGGGCUAUCCUUUGAGCCAACCAAUCACCACGCAGUGUGCAAAGAGGAGCCAUGUGAUCCAGAGGAUAGUCUGGACGAUGCCAAGCCGCUCAAUGGCGUCCUGUUGCAAGGCAAGGACCCAAAGACUGAUAAAGCCAGCCUGUAUAAUUUCUCCAAGCUGAAGAAAAACAGGAAAUGGCUCAAGAGCAUCCUGCUGAGCGACGACACUUCGGAUUCGGACACGGAUUCGGACGACUCCGACUUCAGCCUGUCCCAGGAGGAGCUCCACGACAUGUUGAAGCUGCACCGGCAUACCAGGCUGCACCAGAGCAAGUUCCACUCCGACCGAGAGCUUCACCAGUAUCAGUACUACAGCACUGGACUCCUCUCCACGCAUGACCCCUUCUACGAACAACAGCGCCAUCUCCUGGGACCCAAGAAGAAGAAAAUCAAGGAUGAGAAGAAAUUCAAAGCCAAACUGAAGAAGGUGAAAAAGAAGAAGAAACGUGGAGAGGGGGACUUCAUGGACGAGGGCCGUCCGUACGUCAACAAAGUCUUUGCCAAGUUUUCCCAUGAUGCCCCGCUGCCCGUGGUGAAGAAGAAGCACCUUACCAUCGAGCAGUUGAACGCGCGGCGGAGGAAAGUGUGGCUCACCAUUGCCAAGAAAGAGAUACCAAAGACGUUCAAGCAGAAAACCUCAGCCAAGAACCUGGUCUUGACCAACUCUAAAAAGCUGGCCCACCAGUGCAUGCGGGAGGUUCGGCGGGCGGCCAUCCAGGCGCAGAAGAACUGCAAGGAGACGCUGCCGCGCGCUCGCCGCCUCACCAAGGAGAUGAUGCUCUACUGGAAGAAGUACGACAAGGUGGAGAAGGAGCACCGCAAGCGGGCCGAGAAGGAGGCGCAGGAGCAGCGCAAGCUGGACGAGGAGAUGAGGGAGGCCAAGCGUCAGCAGCGCAAGCUCAACUUCCUCAUCACCCAGACGGAGCUGUACGCCCACUUCAUGGGAGGCAAGGGGGAGAUGACCCCGGAGGAGAUCCUGAGUAAGCUGGAAGACCCCCCUCCUGCGCAAAGACAGACGGACGCGGGCGGAGCCGUGAAGCUCACCGUGGGCCAGGACGACUACGAUAGUGGAUUCUACAAGUCCCAGGCUCUGAGGAAUGCUAGAGAGGCCUACCAAAUUCAUCAGGAGAAGACGCGGACGUUUGACGACGAAACCAAGGACAGCCGCAGUGCGGCGGCCGGGUCGGGCUCCGGGUUCGGGGACAGCUACAGCCUGGCCAACCCGUCCAUCCAGGCCGGCGAGGACAUCCCGCAGCCCGUCUGCUUCAACGGGAAGCUCAAGGGCUACCAGCUCAAGGGCAUGAACUGGCUGGCCAACCUCUACGAGCAGGGCAUCAACGGCAUCCUAGCAGACGAGAUGGGACUGGGGAAGACGGUGCAGAGCAUCGCGCUUCUGGCUCACCUGGCGGAGCGUGAGAACAUCUGGGGUCCGUUCCUGAUCAUCUCCCCAGCUUCCACGCUCAACAACUGGCACCAGGAGUUCACCCGAUUCGUGCCAAAAUUCAAGGUGUUGCCGUACUGGGGAAACCCUCACGACCGCAAGGUGAUACGGAAGUUCUGGAGCCAGAAAACCCUGUACACCAAGGAUGCACCGUUCCACGUGGUCAUCACCAGCUACCAGCUGGUGGUCCAGGAUGUCAAGUACUUCCAGAGGGUCAAGUGGCAGUAUAUGGUCCUGGAUGAGGCUCAGGCCCUCAAGAGCAGCACCAGUGUUCGCUGGAAGAUCCUACUGCAGUUCCAUUGUAGAAACCGUCUACUGCUCACCGGGACGCCCAUUCAGAACACUAUGGCUGAGCUGUGGGCCCUGCUGCACUUCAUCAUGCCCACCCUGUUUGACUCCCACGACGAGUUCAACGAGUGGUUCUCAAGGGACAUCGAGAGCCACGCCGAGAACAAGUCCGCCAUCGAUGAGAACCAGCUCUCCAGGCUCCACAUGAUCCUGAAGCCCUUCAUGCUGCGCAGGAUCAAGAAGGACGUGGAGAACGAGCUGUCCGACAAGAUCGAGAUCCUGACCUACUGCCAGCUGACGUGCCGCCAGCGUCUCCUGUACCAGGCGCUGAGGAACAAGAUCUCCAUCGAGGACCUGCUGCAGUCGUCCAUGGGCACGGCCCAGCAGUCCCACAACACCACCUCCUCCCUCAUGAACCUGGUCAUGCAGUUCCGCAAGGUGUGCAACCAUCCCGACCUGUUUGAGCGCCAGGAGACCCGCUCUCCGUUUCACAUGGCCCUCAAGCCCUACAUCAUGUCCAAGUUCCUCUACCGCCAAGGCCUCGUGCACACACACAACCAGGCCAAGAAUAAGCUGCUGCAGACGCUGCUCUCUCCGUUCUGUCCAAACCACAUUCAGCAGUCCCUGUUCCACAGGGAUGGGAAGGACAAAGGCAGCUUCUUCUCCUUCCUCCGCUUCGUGGACCUCUCUCCGGCGGAGAUGUCCAACGUCAUGCUGCGAGGCACCCUGGACAGGUGGUUAGCUCUGUAUUUAGCCCUGAAGGCCGCCUACCGGCUCCAUCACCGGAGGCUGUUUGACCUGCCCGAUGAGCAGGUGGAGGUGGAGACCGGGGGACCAGCAUCGGGGGAGUCGGGGGGCGAGGGACCCGGGAACACGUGUCUCUCUCGCCGCGACCUCAUUCUGUGGCUCAACCGCCCCACUGCCUUCCCCAACACACACAGCAGCCCCUUGUUUCAGGAGCUGGUGUUCACGGCCCACAGGCCAGGCGUGUUGGGGCACAGGGACGUGAGGAUCCACAACCGACGGUCUGCCACCUCCACAGUGCGGCCCUGCCAGCCUGCCCUGCCCCCCAAGUUCCUCUUCAUCGCCGCACCCAGGGUGACGGCGGCGCCCCUGGAGCGCUACAUCCCCGACCGCGGCGCAGAGUACGAGUGGCGGCUGACGCGGAGCGGCGGGGGCGUGGCCUCCAAGCAGUGUUUCCUCUACGGCUCCCCGGAGCUGGCCUCUGAUUGGGCCACCCGGGCCAACGCCUUCCUGCCGCGACGACCCGGGGGCGCCAUGGCCGUCUGUCCUCGCCACGGCUGGUCCUUUAUCAGGAUACCCGAUAAGGAGAGUCUCAUUACGGAGAGUGGCAAGCUGCAAACCCUGGACAUCCUUCUGAGUCGUCUCAAGACUCAAGGACACCGCGUCCUGAUCUAUUCCCAAAUGACCCGCAUGAUAGACUUACUGGAGGAGUACAUGGUUUACCGAAAGCACACCUACAUGCGUCUGGACGGCUCCUCCAAGAUCUCAGAACGCAGAGACAUGGUGGCAGACUUCCAAAGCCGGACGGACAUCUUUGUGUUUCUGCUGAGCACACGGGCGGGGGGGCUGGGCAUCAACCUGACCGCUGCGGACACGGUGAUCUUCUACGACAGCGACUGGAACCCCACGGUGGACCAGCAGGCCAUGGACCGGGCCCACCGGCUGGGCCAGACCAAGCAGGUCACCGUGUACCGGCUCAUCUGCCAGGGCUCCAUCGAGGAGAGGAUCCUGCAGCGCGCCAAGGAGAAGAGCGAGAUCCAGCGGGUGGUGAUCUCAGGCGGGAACUUCAAGCCCGACACCCUGAAGCCGAAGGAGGUGGUCGGCCUGCUGCUGGACGACGACGAGCUGGAGAAGAAACUGCGCGUCAGACAAGAGGAGAAGAGGGACCUGGAGGAGUGCAGCAAGGUGAAGGACCGCAAGAGGAAGAGGGAGAAAUACGCAGAGAAGCUCCAGAAGAAGGGGGAGGAGUCGGAGCCCAAGCGGGGGAAGGAGGUGAACCUGGUCAUCGCCCACGCGCCCUCGGCCGACAACUCCAACCUCUCGGCCGACGGGGAGGACUCCUUCAUCAGCGUGGACAUGGACUCUGCCAUGCCCAGCCCCUUCAGCGAGAUCUCCCUGAGCAGCGAGCUGCAGACGGGCUCCCUGCCCCCCCCGGACGCCGAGGGCGACGAGAGCAGCAGCGACAUGCUGGUGAUCGUGGACGACCUGGCCUCGUCGUCGGCCCCCCAGUCCCGCGCCACCAACUCCCCCGCCUCCGUCUCCGGCUCCGUCUCGGACAACGUCAACGGUAUUUCAGCUCAGGACGCUGCGGGCCCCGGGAGGGGGAGGUCUGGCCGCAGCCGCGGCCGGCCCAAAGGCUCUGGGGGCGGAGCUAAAUCGGCGGGGAAGGGGCGUGGCCGCAAGUCCACCGCCGGAAGCGCGGCAGCGAUAGCGGGGGCGAUGGCCGGAGCGGCGGCGGCGUCGGCCGCAGCCUACGCCGCCUACGGCUACAGCAUGGGCAAAGGCCUGCCUACGGCCGGCACUCUGCAGCCGGCUCUGGGCCGCUCCGGCGCGGCCCCAGCGGCCUCCAGCCCAGCCUUCAGCCCGGGCAGCAGCUCCUCUCCCCAGGCCAAGAGAGGGACCUCCACCCCCAGCCCCCACAAACACUCUGCGCACGCCGGCCACGGCUCGGCACGCAAGGGCAAGGGGCCCGCCGGACCGGGGCCACAGUAGCGCGCGCGCGCGCGCGCGCGCACACACACACACACACACACACACACACACACACACACACACACACACACACACACACACACACACACACACACACACACACACACACACACACACACACACACACACAGAGGAAUAACCAGCUAUGGUAAGCAAAUGUGGACACCAUGAAAAAAGACCCUCUUGCGCUCCACCCUGAAACCAGACCUGCUCUCACUGUGAUCUCUCAGAAAGCUGGCCGCACAGUACCCACACUGUCAAGGGAACAGCAUUCACUAAAUGAAGGAACGCACUCUAUUACAAAGUCACACACACACACACACACACACCCACACACGUGCGCACACAAAGAGUUACAAUGCCCCGCAGUCCCUCCCAGUUGGUAUGUUGCGUUUCUUAUCUCCAAGCGUCCGAAUGGCGUCUCCUGCUGUGGAUAUUGGCUUGCAUUGUGGCAGGAGAGUUUCUUAAGUGCUUUGGAGAUGAGACAACCUGGUUCCUCCUCUUGUGUUGUUUGUUCUAUUUUGUGUCCUUCUGUGGUCAUGUUCUGGGAGUCAUUGAUGGUAAUGCCUAGGUUAUAUACAUAUGUUUGUAUGUAUGUAUAUAUAUAUAUAUAUAUAUAUAUAUCCAUACACAACAUUUUAACCAACGUCAUACAUAAAGGGCUUUGAAAACGUAUCGCCCAGUGCGAGAGAGUCCGAUGAGUCUGAUGCACUGAGCAAUGUCUUCCAUUUGCAUGUCUUACUUUGGAAGUAUUUUCUUUUUUUUUAUUCUUUUUUUUUUAUUGUUCAGUUCCUGAACUUCAAGCUGUUGGAUCCUCCAUCCUCUGCAUUUCCAAAAUGUGAAUCCAUACUACACCAUACAAAACGUGUUCUCACUUUUGUACGAUAGCUCUUAUUUUUGUAAUGGACGACCUACGAAACAGUACAAGCAUGGCAUAGCCUAAACAACUUUUCUCAAACCUUUUUUGUCCAUGAAAACUUUUAUAUGAUGCGAUAUGUUUCGAUUAAAAACCAAUGCAGCGAUAUUUUUUUAAAUCGGAUGAUUACAAAAAAAACUUGAAGGCUAAUGAAACAUAUUUCAAGACGAUGCUGCUGCUUGGACUCAGAGCAUUUCGAUUUAAAUUAUUUGAAUGUUUAUUGCUUAAGUUAUACAGGUUAUGAUCAGUAAGGAUGAGUUGUGACUGUGAUGUGAAAAUUUCCAUACAAUACAAAGUAAAUUAUAGUGUUUCUUUUCGAGAUUGCUUAGAAUUUGUGUUCAUAUUUCAAAAAAAGGUACACAAUUCUCAAAUGUUUUAGAUUGUUUACCGUUGAUGGUUUUGGAAUGGCAAAUGUUUUGUAUGUCAAUCACUACAUUCGUCUUAGGUUUUCUUGUUUAGUGUUAAUAGUGUGAUAAAAUAUGUUCUAUAUUGAUGUACAUAAUAUUGAGAGCAACAUUUCCUUUGGUCUCCCUUAUGUGCUUAUCUAUUUUUAUAGGUUAUGUGUACAUAAAAAAAGUCUGCCAUUUUACUAACAGGAAAAGCCAAUUGAAAAUAAAACUGUGCUAAAUCUGG